AUAAGAGAACUUCCAAUCUUGGCCAUUCAAUUCAGUUUCUGAUCUAAUGGUAAUGGUUGAUUUUCAUUCCUCACCUAACCACAGUACCACACCUUCCAUCCUACCAGCCUACCACGAACUCCACUCCCAUCAUUCGUCAGAGGUGAAAGGAGGAAGAAGCAAAGGCAAGCUUGCAUCAACAAAAGCAUAAAUAAGAGGCAAACUUGCAUCAACAACCACGAAUCCUUCUCCACCACUGUAGUAAACCCCAGAGGUCAGAACAAAGCUCACUUUCGCUCGCUCCGCCGCCGUAUCUCCGGUCACCGCUCGCCGUGCAAUCUCUGCCCAGCCACCAAUCGCUUACUUUCAAUCUCAGCCGUCCAUUUGACUCUCUCUCCAUUUGAUUUGUUUAAUCGUGGCCCUUCCUUUGUGAGACUUUUUUCAUCUGUAAUUCUGUAUUCUACUCUAGCUGCUCAAUUUCGCUGACGUCGCAGAACGUCGUGAUGGAGUAUGCGAUGGAGAGGAGUUUGAUUUCGUGGGUAUUCAUCACCCUUGCAGCACCUGUCCCUGUAGGAUGCAUAUGUUGCGAGGAAGGAGAUGACCUCACUGCUUGCGUUGAAGAAGUACUGGAUGAAGGCGAAGCGUGUGUCCAUCGUCUUCACUGCAUACCCCAUGUCCUGUAGCAGUUGUUAGGUUUAGGUGUAGUUGUAGAAGGAAGGAUCGGUCUAAGUUUGGUUGAAGGAGGAAGUCCAAAUUAUAGGUUUUCCUGUUGACCAGGAUUUGGGUAAAUUUCGUCACCCUGACCUAAGUUUCUGAUAAUAGAACUUUUGAUGAAGGUGUUUGAUUUGUUCAGAAUGUGUUGUCUGAAGGAGUAGAAUAGAUGUGUAUCAGAAGCCAUGUCAUGUCAGGUUAGUACAAAGAGGUUUGGUAUGCAUAGUUGUGAAGCAGGUUUGCUACUGAAACUCAAUUCAAUUUAAUUAAAUUUUUGAAAUGCUCAAAUGUUUCUCACUUGCAUUGCACUUGUCUAUAAAUACUCCUAUCAAGAAUGUGAGAUGAUGAUGGAAGGGGAAGUACAAUUUUCUAAACAUACAUUAACUUACAUUAACUGCUAUUGUCAAGAUUGCCUAUCUGUGAAGAGAAAUCCGUUGUUUUUUUUUCUUUUUCUAAACAUACAUUAACUUACAUUUUAGAUGAAGAUUUCUAAAUAUAAACACACUAUAGCUAGGUGAAACAAGAUUGGUUUGAACCAAAGUUCCUCUCACUCUAAUCUAUUCUUGAAUAUCUCCCAGCCUUGACACUGUGUAUGUUUCUCUUCUAUUUGGUCUUAUAGCAUGUUUUUUCCUUCAACUUCCAGAUCAAUUCUUUAUUUAUGCAAAAAUAUUAUAGAUUAUUAUAUUUUGUCAAGUAUCAAAAAAAAUAUUAUAGUUUAGUUUUUUUUGAUGAAAACAAGUGUUAUUUAUUUCUUGCUGGUGUUAAAUCAGUAUAUUUUGUUAGUAGCUACACAUUGAUUUGGUUGGAACUAUCUCAAAAGAUCAAAGUUUGAAUAUUUUGGGUCUCUACACGGCAUGGCCUCUCCUUUUAGAGGUUUGAUCUAUUAUUUAUUUGUGUUAUUUAAGUAUUACUUAGUCCCAUUCCUUUCUUUAUAUGUUCCUAUAUCUGCAAUUAAGUUUUUAACCUGUGAUUUUUUAGUAACUUCAUUUUGCUCACUGUUAAUUUAUUUCAUACUAAUCUUUUAAUUCCUUUUUUUUGUGCUGAUCGUAUCUAAGAAUGAUCGAUUUUUUUUUCUAUAUUUACCUAUUUAACAUCUUAGACUCCAAUUUUCUAUAGUAGUUGUUUAAACAUAUUUGUUAAUUGCACUAAUUGUGUGCUCCCCUGUUUAUUUUGACUAAUUUGUAGAUAUUACCAAUGAAAUUCAUUACUCAAGUUAUGUAAAAGGGAAUAAUAGUAGUAGUAUAAUUUUUUUCUGAAUAUUUCUUAUUCAAAUUUUAAUUGAUUAUUUGUUAACUAAAUUUGGUUAAUUUUAAAAAUUUAUGAGUUGUUGAUAUUUUGCAUACUAUGAACAGGUUCAAAUGAGAGCAAGGGCAAAAGGAUAUGUAUUGUUUCUUAAUCAAAUUUAGUAGUUCCACAUAUGGGUUGGGGAUGGGGAUGGGUUGGGGUGGGGAGGUCCAGGGUUCAAUCUUUAGAGGGUGUAAUUUAUCUUUCCGAUGUACCAAAGAAAAGACUUAUAAUUUCAACCUUUGUACAUUUCUAACAAAAACUAUAUAUAACAUUGUCAUUGUAUUGAAGUUAUAUUGAAAAAAAAAUGUAAAACACAUUUGUAUACAUAUUAAAGUUCAUAAUCGGUUUACUGUCACCUAUUUGUCGGCUAAACCACAUUUGUUACGUUAUUCAUAUGUGAGUUAAUUUAUUCAAUUUAAUAAACUAAAUAAAUAAAUAUGAUUAAUCAUAGAAUUGCUCGUCCGUGCUCUUCAUUAUCUUCAUGACUAAUAUAGAAUAUAUAAUUUACACAUUACAUAACUCAAGACAAACAGUUAUGACUGUCAUGAUAUUGAGAACUUUACUCUUAGGAUCAGUUCCCAAGUACUGCAAAUACGGAACUGUAAUGACGUAACCAAUUCAUUUAAUGCUGAAAACUUAUUUUCAUAUUUUGUUGUGUUCUCUUGCUGGUUUUAAUGGCUGGAUCAUUGAAUCCCCUUCGUUCCAUAUGCAUUGGGAUCGAUCCUAAAAUAGAUACUUGGAGAGUGAAGGUUCGGGUUCUUCGUGUUUGGGUUAUGUUUCCAGUUGGUGAACCCUCAAAACCUUACGUUAUCCAUGUUGUGCUUAUUGAUGUAGAGGGUGUGAAAAUUGAGGGCAUCAUUAAGAAAGCCUUUUUGCCCAAUUGUUUGCGUUCUAGCGUCGCCAUUCUGAUAGUUACUAUGCAUCAGUACACCUUAAGAAGUUCUAAGUCUAAGCAACAGAUUUUUGCCAAAGUAUUUCAUCCGGAGGAGGUAACUAUGAAAUUUGUUUUUUAUGUUUGGAGUGAGAUGAAAAUAUUGGACACUGAUCAUAUUUUUUUCUUUUUAUGUUUAUUUUUGUGGAAUAUUCAGGUGUAUAUUGUUGUACCAAGACAAUUCUUGAAUGAUUUUGAAGAAAGUCUCUCUAAAUAUGUUGAAUUAGUGGAUCCUGUAGGGAAUAAAUUCUGUGUUAGCUUUUAUUUUGAUCGUGAUGAACCAAGAUUUGGUGCUAAUAUUUCAGAGUUACGAACUGUGCACCAAAUACAGGGAAGUGUGAUAAUUUGUUUUAUUUAUCUUGGUGAUAGUAGAUUUGACAUCCAAAUUAGUGAUCUGAACUUGUUUGAGAUUGAGUAUAGGAAAAGAACUGCUCAUGUUGCAUCUAAUGUUGCAAGUUCAAGUCAUAUGAAUUUUCAUGAAGUAGAUGGUUCGGUUAUAAAUUUAAUUAGUGAUGAUGAUUCUGAGAAUGAAGUUGAAGAUAUUGUGAAUUAGGAGAUG